UUAACUAGGAGGUAUGAGGAAAAGGAAGAGGAGUUUUGGGGAGGAGAGAAAUUCUAAACUCAUCCAUGUGUUGGGGAAAUUUUUGAUUCCCAGAGAAGAUAUUUUCAGUGAUUCUAAGUUAGGGCAAAAUGAGGAAGUACUUCCUUUGACAAAAAUAGCUUUCAGUGAAAGCACUUGUGAAGGGGUGGGGCCUGUUGAAGGAAUUAAAAGCAGGUGUGACCUUCAAGUUAGAGUUCUAGCAAGCUAGGAAGAACAGAGGACCAAAUGAGUUGUCUAGGAUCUUUGGUGUCGGGAGGAAUGGACAAGAUCCUGAGAACAUCAAUUUUAAUUCUAUGGCUUCAACUAGGCUGGGUGAGCGGCCAAGAGAAGAGUGGCCAGGAGCAGGUGAAGCAGGGCCCUCCCUCUCUGAUAGUCCAGGAAGGAGCUUUUUCUACUCUGAACUGCACUUAUGAGAACACAGCGUUUGACUACUUCGUAUGGUACCGGCAAUACCCUGGUCAAGGCCCUGCAUUACUACUAGCCGUGUUCUCGGUUAAGCACACAAAGGAAGAUGGGAGAUUCACAGUUUUCGUCAGUGAAAGUGCCAAACAAUUUUCACUGCACAUCAUGGCUUCCCAGCCGGGAGACUCAGCCACCUACUUCUGUGCAGCAGCAAGUGCACAGUGCUCCCCAGGCACCUGCUGCCUGUACCCAAACCUGAAGCUGUGGCUCCAGCCAAGCCCUACUGUGCGGAGGAAGCAUUCACACGCAUGCGCAAAGUCUGAUUGGCCACAAAAAAUUCUCGAUACAUUAAAGAGGACUGGAAUGAUACAGAAUUUAUUUUCUGAUCAAAGUAAAAUGGAUUCUGAAGGGAAGCCAAAGAUCAGUGAGCAUGUUUCACCUCAGAAUCAGGUACUACCUAACUUAGCUAUCAGGGAAAAACCAGUAGACAAAGUAAAGGCUUGGGGUGAGCCAGACUCUUAUCUGUGCAUGGACCAUGUGGUCAAUGAACAUCAGAAACCCUAUUUCCUGUUUGGGGGAGUAGCCUCAGACCCCAGGAACUACGUGUCUGUGCUGCGAAGCACUCAGGCACUGCUCUCUGCUUAA